CAAACCAGCCAACCAUCUUUGACGAGAAAGGACAGGAAGUUCACGGUAUUGCAGGACCUUACAUGGAGGGUGACUCCCUGAUCUUGACCUGCGAAGCCAACAAUGAUUUCCGGCUGACGUGGUAUUGGAACUCGGCUCCGACAGUCGGCAAGGGUCAUCGGGAGGCCAACAGCGUGUUCUCUCAGUCGAAGCUCACGCGACAUAACUUGUCUCGGAGGGACCGAGACACCUAUAUUACAUGCGUUGCCGCCAACGCCCUGGGUGCCACAUUGAACACUACCAUCAAGCUGGAUCUCUGGACGCCAGCUUCGUCAGUGCGUAUCCGGGCUCGGCCUUUCAAGAAUGGCAUACCUGCCAGCGUAGAGUGCGAGGUGCUGGGUUCGAGACCCGCUCCCCUCGUCACGUGGUACGUCGGCGGUGAAGGCCCUCUGGACGCCACGUUCACCCACGUGCAAGACGACGCCGACGUUGCCACCAGCGUGCUGACGUUGACGAUGUUCGCCAAGGACCGUGGCAAGACGAUCACGUGCGUCGUCGCUCAUCCGGUGACCAAGGACCGGCUGAAUGCCAGCUUCGUUGUGGACGUCCACUACAAACCCUCGCUUCGACUGACUGUCAACGCCACGAAAAUCGAUUCCGGAGAGGACCUCUUCAUGGAAUGUGAAGUGGACGCCAACCCUCCGGCAAGGGAAGUGAGCUGGCAUCUGAGUGGCCGGCUCUUCAGCAUCAGUGAAGCGCCUGGAGUUCCGAGCGCUUCGAUACCCUUCACCAGGGUGCACUUGGAUCGGUCCGAUUCGGGGAGUUACCAAUGCCGCGCAUGGAACAGUUGCGGCGCCUCAGUGAGCAACUUGGUUGCCGUCACUGUUACCGGCGCGGAUGGCUUGUCGACGCUACUCACGGCUGACUUUCAAGUGAUCGCAUUAUCUGCUCUUGCAUCGAUAACAUCGCAAGUCAGGAGAUUUUGAUGGAAUUAACCAUCAAAGACGGUGUUUCACUUAUUUUUUUUUUCAAAGCACUGGUUCCAGUUACGCCACAAUAAAGAGUA